AAGCAGGAUGAGAAUCCCAAGGAGGUCAAGGCGCCUGCUCGACGGGGCAGGGGAGCCGCCAAGGUGAGGGAGUGGGCUGCACUGCACCGACGAGAGCCACAGUUAUCCUGCCCUCUGUGCCUCUAAUGCGCCGGAUGUGUGGCUGCAGAAGAAAGCUGCCCAGCCCAAGCCCAAGCCGCCCCGUCAGAUCGCCAAAGUGAGCAUAACACAUGGAUGGAUGGAUGGAUGCAGAGAGCAUCGGUGGACGGCGUGUGUCUGUGUGUGUGUGAAUCAGGUUGCCGGCAAGGGUCAGAUGGUCGUUGACGACGAACCCGACGAGCCCAUGACGCCCAUCGUAGACAAAAAGGUGGGCGAUCACCUCCACCCUCUCAUCCACGUGCGACCACCACUCACUCACUCAUGAAUGUCUGUGUGUGUGGAUGUGUGGAUGUGCGUGCAGGUUGGCAAGAAGGCACCGCAGAAGAAGAAGGCCCCGCCCGCACCCAAGAGGAAGAACCCACCGAGGGUACGUUACGCUCACCACUCUGAGAUGGGCACCUGAAGCCUUACCACCGACACGCGUGACUGUGUUGUGUUUGUGUCAGGGUGGCAACCGAGGCGGCGGCAACCAUCGCAGGGACCGCACCCCCUCACCGCCGCGGGCACCUCCCAUGGCGAUGGACGAGGAUGAGAACGCCCAUAUGGUCCGCACGCCGCCGCCGGGCAUGUUCCACGCGUCGCAGCCGGGCAACGCUCCUCAGGUGAGGGACGGAGGAGCAUCGACCACACGACCACCAAACACAUACCUUCACACAUUGGUGUGUUGUCGGUGUGUUGUGUGUGUAGGUGCAGGGUGCCCCUCAACAUCCCGCGUCUCGUGGGUUGCGGGUUGACUCGAACUACAAGGACGUUAACAACAUCCGGCCUGAUGAGGUGGGCGAGGCGACUGACUGACCGGCAGCGCAGCCAGACGGGGCACACACAUGUCCUGGGUAUGCCUCAUCCCCCUGUCCCUGUGUGUGGUGUGUGUGCAGUUGAAGCGGGCGAUGGACAGCCCGGAGUUGUCGCCCUACCUGCACGUUUGGGACGCACGGUUCAAGGGAGAGUUCGACGGUACGCCCGCAGACAUUCCACUCAACCGGGCCCACCACCCCCACACACGCCGGACACACACCCACUGUGUGUCAAUGCUGUCUGCAGGGGGGCACAUCGCCGGGGCCCGCCACGUCAAGUCGGUCAAGGGCGUCAUCGAUGCGUUGUGGGAUGAGAACGGGGCCGCCAAACUGCCCGAGCCGCACCGUCAGGUGGGUCGUGACAGGACACACACACAGAGCCACGGCCAUCCAUGUGUGUGUGUCUGUGUGCGUCAGAAAUUGGUUUUCCAUUGCGAGUACUCCCAGGAGCGCGCUGUGUUGCUCCUGCAGAUGCUGCUGAAGUUCAACGGCUGGAAUGCGCCCAACAACCAGGUGGGUGGUUGGUGGUUUGGGUGGGGCGCUCGGACAGCUAAACCCACAAACGUGUGUGUGUGUGUGUGUGGUGCAGAAAUACGAGCACAUGUACUUGUUGAGAGGGGGAUACAAUGGCUUCUAUUGCAACUACCCUGUAAGCCACACACACACACACCAACCGGGACACACACACACACACACCCCACUGUGUGUGUGUGUGUGUGUGUGUAGGACCUGUGCGGGCCGUAUGUCAAGGAGGAAGCGUUGCCGACUGUAAGCAGCCGACACACCCCACUCCGCCACACACGUGUUCACCAUAGAUGUGUGUAUGUGUCUAUGUCUGUCUGCAGAUGGGGGCCGAUCGAAAUAAGCGUGGCGAACAAAUCAAGAACAUGAGAGACAAACUCAACGUACGCAACGCCCGUGAUCAGUGAACAAAUGUGUUUAUAGCUAUCCAUCUGUGUGUGUGUGACGUGUUCAGAAGAAAGCUGACUUCGUGGCUCUGGUUGGCAAGCUCGAGAAGCCCCCGGAGCGCUGCCUCAAGCCGCGCACCCAGUACCACUACUGAGCCACCCCGCACAUUACACUACCUCUGGCAGCCUAGUUAGCCCAUUGCUGCUCUGUUCUUCAGCCGCUCCAUGAGUUAGCUUUAGGAAAGGGGCAGUGAUGGGAUAACUGACGAGGGCUGGCAGGGGGGUGUAUGUGCACAUGGGGGGUCAAGUGGCUGGCUGUGUGGGAGUGUUUGUCGUGACAGACAGACUGACUGUCUGUCUGUCUGUCUGAUGGCCGGUUGGUAUGCAUACAGACAGACAGUGAGUGACAUCAAUGAGUGAAUGGGAUCACGCACCCACUCACAGCCAUGGUCGGGUGAGGUGAGCUGAGGGGCUGCGUGAUGGAUUGCUGUGCACGGCCGAGCGAAUGGAUUGCUAUGCUAAAUGGACGGACGGGUGGAUGGAUACAAUGCAUACAUACAUACGUGUGACGUGUGUGUGAUGUGAAGGAAUGGAC